AUUGAGGGUUACAGGUUAUUAACAUAGAAGGAUAUAAAUGUUAGCAUAUGAUGUGCCUGCAGUGUUGUCUAAAACAUUUACCGAUCUUACUUUAUCAGGUUGUUUAAAAUUCAUGCACGAAUGAGAUUCUGAGAGAUUUAUUCAAAGUUUUUGUCACGUGUGUGUAAAUGUAUCUUUUUGCUUUAGUGUAGACUACACAGACGGAACGUGUUUAACACUGUAUUAUUUCUCAAAAGCUAUUGCAUGGAUUACGGGACCUUUUGUUUUGUGUAGAUUUCCUCUCAUAAAAAAAAGGUGCCUUAGAAAAUCUUUCACUUUUAUAGGUCCUGGCAAUAGAUUAUGUUAUGCAUCUCAUAUGCCUGCAUCGCCCUGCACGGAACUGUAGAAUCUUCACUGCAUCAUGUCAAGUAUGUAGGUGAGCCUGAAUCACGCGCUGGGCUGUGAGCGCGCGGCGUUCCGGGCGAAGCUGCUGCUGCCACUGCUGCAAAGGCAAUGGCGGCGAUCUGAGGAGUUAAACGAGUUCACCUUUGUUCUUUUAUUCGCUGGAAUCGAGAGGGAACCUCGCGUGGAGAGUAACAACCCAUCUAGAGUGUCUUCCUCGAAGCGAGAGUAUCUUUGCAUUUUCGUGUUGACGUCAGGUCACGAAAGUGCUUGCACGACAGCCCGUGCAAACGCCCCGAAGACUCCUCACAUCUGUAUGCGAUAAACCCCCAGCACGCGCCUCUCGCCUGUUGGCUUAAGCCUGGAGAAGGAUCCUUGCUUUUAUUCGGCGGCCAGUCUGAAUCUCCAGCGGUCUGAGCGAACUGGAGAAAAAUGGCCGAGCGACAUUCUACCGGAUUGCUGAUGAUGAUGUUGGAGCCGAAUCCGGCUAUUGCGAUGACCCUCCCGGCAGAGGUGCGAGAGAAGCUGGCAGAGCUCGAGCUGGAGCUGUCCGAGGGAGACAUCACACAGAAAGGCUAUGAGAAGAAAAGAGGCAAGCUUUUGGCUCCCUUUAUACCACAGAUCCAAGGUGUGGAUCCGUCUCUCCAGGUGGACCACCGAAUCCAGGCGUCAUCACAGGUUGUCCCCCCAGGCCCCAAGCACAGCAAAGCCCGAGCAGUGAAUUCGCGUGAUGAGCGCUUCAGAUCAGACCUGCACACAGAAGCGGUACAGGCAGCCUUGGCCAAGUACAAAGAUCGGAAGGUUCCGAUGCCGUCUAAGAGGCGCUCCGUUCUAGUGCAGUCCUCAGUAGAGGCAUGCACCCCCCCAGACACCUCCUCUGCGUCGGAGGACGAGGGAUCACUACGACGACAGGGGCGGGUGACCUCAUCGUCGCCGCCCUACCAGGCGCACCCAAGCGUGGAGCACUGGUUUAACCGAGUCAUCCAGUGCUCAUCCACUUCCUCCUCUGCCUCCUCCACUUCCUCCCACCCAGGGGGGCGGGGCCAGCACAGCGGGAACACCACCUCUGCCUCUGCUGCUACCGUUCUCGCUGACCUCAUGGCUCACACACAGCUCGAUAACCACUUCGCACCUCCGGAUGUGACGGGUCUAUCUGAGCAUUCGCAGUUUGCCGAGCAUCCACAGGUGGCGCCAGUGAGGGGUCUUCCCCGUGGAUAUACGCACACCGGUAGCGCCAUGGAAACGGCCGACGGUGUCCCUGUAAACAGUCGUGUCUCGUCUAAAAUACAACAGCUUCUCAACACCCUGAAGAAGCCGAAGCGCCCGCCGUUGUGCGAGUUCUUCGUGGACGAUUUCAAGGAGCUCCUAGAUGCCCAGCUGCCGGACCCUAACCAGCCCAAGGCUGAGGGGGUGCAGAUGAGCCCCCUGCGCGGGGAGCCUCUGGCCCUGGUGAGCAGCUCAGCAUCCCUGCUGGCCUCCCUACAGCGCUGGGGUAGCACCCAGCCAAAGAGCCCCUGUCUCACGGCCCUGGACAAUGCCGGCAAGCCCGUGUACACGCUCACCUACGGUAAGUUGUGGACCCGUAGUCAGAAGUUGGCAUACACGCUACUCAACAAACUCAGCACCCGGAAUGAGCCAUUGCUACGACCUGGAGACAGAGUUGCGCUUGUGUUCCCCAACAAUGACCCCGUGAUGUUCCUGGUGGCGUUUUAUGGCUGUCUCCUUGCAGAGCUGGUCCCUGUGCCCAUAGAAGUACCACUGACACGAAAGGAUGCGGGGAGUCAGCAGAUUGGCUUUUUGCUGGGCAGCUGUGGGGUGACGCUGGCCCUCACCACCGACGCGUGUCAGAAGGGCCUGCCCAAGGCACAGACUGGAGAGGUGGCCACGUUUAAGGGAUGGCCACGCUUGCUGUGGUUUGUUACAGAUGGUAAGCAUGUUGGGAAGCCCCCUAAAGACUGGAGCCCUCCCCUCAGAGAUGCGCGCAGUGACCCUGCCUACAUCGAGUAUAAGACCAGUAAAGAGGGCAGCACUAUGGGUAUCACAGUGACUCAUGCCGCCAUGCUGGCCCACUGUCAUGUGCUCACGCAGGCCUGUGGCUAUGUUGAGGGUGAAACCAUCACCAACGUUUUAGACUUUAAGCGGGACGCGGGACUUUGGCAUGGAGUUCUCACGAGCGUGCUGAAUCGGAUGCAUGUGAUCAGCAUCCCCUACUCUCUGAUGAAGGUGAACCCUCUGUCCUGGAUUCAGAAAGUACACACAUAUAAAGCCCGUGUUGCUGUGGUGAAGUCCAGGGACAUGCACUGGUCUCUGCUGUCUCAGAAAGACCAGAGGGACAUCAGCCUAAGUUCCCUACGCAUGCUUAUAGUUGCAGACGGCGCCAACCCCUGGUCCAUCUCCUCCUGUGAUGCCUUCCUUAACGUCUUUCAGGCGAGAGGUUUGAGGCCAGAGGUCAUCUGCCCCUGUGCCAGCUCAGCUGAGGCCAUGACUGUCGCCCUCCGCAGGCCGCCGGAGAUGGGGGUCCCUCCCCCAGGUAAAGCGGUCCUGUCCAUGAGCCGCCUAAGUUAUGGUGUGAUCAGGGUGGACACAGAGGAGAAACUGUCUGUCCUCACACUACAGGACGUGGGACAGGCCAUGCCUGGAGCUUUGGUGUGUGUGGUGCGUCCAGAGGGAACCCCUUGCCUGUGUCGGACAGAUGAGGUGGGUGAGAUCUGUGUGAGCUCCUCCAGUUCCGGUAGCUCCUACUUUGGUCUCCCCGGUAUGACGAAGAAUGUGUUUGAGAUGGUCCCAGUGACGGCAUCCGGAUCGCCUGCCUCAGACAGACUCUUCACUCGCACCUCUCUUCUGGGAUUUGUCGGGCCGGACAACCUGCUGUUUGUGGUUGGCAAGAUGGAUGGGCUGAUGAUGGUGAGUGGGCGGAGACACAACGCGGAUGACGUGGUUGCCACGGCGCUGGCAGUGGAGCCAAUGAAGUUUGUGUACAGAGGACGCAUUGCCGUGUUCUCAGUGUAUGUGCUCCAUGAUGAGAGGAUAGUGGUGGUGGCAGAGCAGAGACCAGACGCCUCAGAGGAGGACAGCUUCCAGUGGAUGAGUCGAGUACUGCAGGCGAUAGACAGCAUCCAUCAGGUGGGUGUGUACUGCCUGGCGCUUGUUCCUGCUAACACACUGCCCAAGGCCCCGCUGGGCGGGAUCCAUGUGUCCGAAACAAAGCAGCGCUUCCUCGACGGGGCCCUGCACCCCUGUAACGUCCUGAUGUGUCCUCACACCUGUGUCACCAACCUACCCAAACCAAGACAGAAACAGCCAGAAGUAGGCCCCGCCUCCAUGAUCGUGGGCAACCUGGUGGCAGGGAAGCGCAUUGCUCAGGCCUGCGGCAGAGACCUGGCCCAGCUGGAGGACAAUGACCAGGCACGUAAGUUCCUGUACAUGCAGGAUGUUUUGCAGUGGAGAGCACAGGCUACCCCUGAACACUCUCUGUUCCUGCUGCUCAACGCCAAGGGCACCGUGGCCAGCACUGCCUCGUGUCUCCAGCUUCACAAGCGGGCAGAGCGGGUGUCGGUGGCUCUGAUGGAGAAGGGCAGACUGAACCCAGGAGACCACGUCGCCCUCGUCUACCCGCCUGGUAUCGACCUCAUUGCUACGUUCUAUGGUUGCCUGUAUGCUGGCUGUGUUCCAGUCACGGUCAGACCCCCCCACCCCCAGAAUCUGGCUACCACGCUGCCCACCGUCAAGAUGAUCGUAGAGGUCAGUAAGUCUGUGUGUAUUCUGACCACACAAGCAAUAAUGAAGCUCCUGAAAUCCAAAGAGGCAACAGCUGCUGUGGAUGUGAAAACAUGGCCUAUGGUAUUAGACACAGAUGACCUUCCAAGGAAGAAAACGCCACAGAUGUACAAGCCCCCGACCCCAGAAACGCUGGCCUACCUCGACUUCAGCGUCUCCACCACGGGCAUCCUCGCUGGGGUGAAGAUGUCGCAUGCUGCCACCACGGCGCUCUGCCGCUCUGUAAAGUUGCAGUGUGAGCUGUACCCCUCGCGACAGAUCGCCAUCUGCCUGGACCCCUACUGCGGACUGGGGUUUGCCCUCUGGUGCCUCUGCAGUGUGUAUUCAGGACACCAGUCCAUUCUGGUCCCGCCCCUGGAGUUGGAGAGUAAUGUGUCUCUCUGGCUGUCUGCUGUGAGUCAGUUUAAAGUGCGUGUCACCUUCUGUUCCUACUCAGUCAUGGAGAUGUGCACCAAGGGGCUAGGCUCUCAGGCCGAGGCUCUCCGGCUGCGGAACGUGAACCUGUCGUGCGUGCGUACCUGUAUGGUGGUGGCUGAGGAGCGCCCCCGGAUCAAUCUCACUCAGUCCUUCUCUAAGAUCUUCAAGGACCUGGGUCUGUCCCCCCGGGCUGUCAGCACCACCUUCGGCUGCAGGGUCAACGUGGCCAUCUGUCUCCAGCCCAACAGACUGGGCAACGUGGCUGAAAAGGGAACGGCUGGACCCGACCCCACCACCGUGUACGUGGACAUGAGAGCCCUGCGGCAUGACAGAGUGCGACUAGUCGAGAGAGGAUCUCCACACAGUCUGCCACUAAUGGAGUCAGGGAAGAUCCUGCCAGGGGUGAAAGUGAUCAUUGCCAACACAGAAACCAAAGGGCCCCUGGGAGACUCUCACCUGGGCGAGAUCUGGGUGAGUGCUCCCCACAAUGGUGCGGGGUACUACACGGUGUACGGUGAGGAGGCGUUGCACGCUGAUCACUUCUGCACCCGGCUGAGCUUCGGUGACACGCAGACCGUGUGGGCCCGCACAGGAUACCUGGGCUUCCUGCGCAGGACAGAGCUCACAGACGCCAGUGGCGAGAGGCACGAUGCCCUGUAUGUAGUGGGAGCCCUCGAUGAGACCCUGGAGCUGAGAGGGAUGCGCUAUCACCCUAUAGACAUCGAAACCUCCGUCAUCAGGUCACACAAGAGCAUUGCGGAAUGUGCGGUGUUCACAUGGACUAAUCUGCUGGUGGUUGUCGUGGAACUGGAGGGAUCGGAGCAGGAGGCUUUGGACCUCGUUGCCCUGGUAACCAAUGUGGUUCUGGAGGAGCACUACCUGAUCGUCGGGGUGGUGGUGGUGGUGGACCCCGGCGUCAUCCCCAUCAACUCCCGCGGAGAGAAGCAGCGUAUGCACCUGCGCGAUGGUUUCCUGGGAGACCAACUGGACCCCAUUUACGUGGCCUACAACAUGUGAGGAAGAACGGCAUCCUGGAGACGAAAAGUCCUACCUGGAACUGGGGGA